AUGUCGGACUCUGGGAAGAUCGAGUACAAACUCUGGUCUUACACGCCGUCAACCGCAGGAGGUGCCAUUGCUUGCAUCGUCUUCUGUAUCCUUACAUUACUACACACCUUCCGACUUGUCAAAAACCGAACAUGGUUCUGUAUUCCUUUCGUCGUCGGCGGUCUUUUUGAGACCAUCGGUUACGGAGCCCGCGCAGCUGCUCACACAAACCUUGAUGACAAGGUCCCCUAUAUCAUCCAGUCGGUCCUCAUUCUCAUAGCGCCCAUUCUCUUCGCAGCAUCCAUCUACAUGAUCCUUGGUCGCCUCAUCCUCCGCACCAAUUCCACGGGCUAUUCCAUCGUCCGCGCCAACUGGGUCACCAAGAUCUUCGUAACCGGCGAUAUUCUCUGCUUCUUCGUGCAAUCCGGUGGUGCAGGAAUGCUUGUUCAGGCCAAUGACAAAGACGGUGUCAAACGAGGAGAGAAUAUCAUUCUCGGGGGCUUGGUCCUGCAGAUUCUCAUCUUCGGGUUCUUCGUUGCGGUGGCGGCGACAUGGCACAAGCGGUUGAGUGCUAGGCCGACAGCGAAGAGCGCGGAUCUGCCGUGGACGAGAUAUAUCUGGUUGCUGUAUGCGGCAAGUGCGCUGAUCACCAUUCGUAACUUUUGCCGUGUGGUGGAGUACGCGCUUGGAAGGGACGGUUAUCUCAUUACGCACGAGUGGCCGCUGUAUAUUUACGACUUCUUAAUGAUGGCGCUUACGCUUGUUGUUUGUGUUGCUUGGUAUGAUCCAAACAUCACACCUAUGAAGCAGGAUAUCGAGAUUGGAAUGCGGGGUUAG